ACUCUCAAUGCCGGAGUGACAAAAAAGGGCAACCAGAAUGCCCCCUUUACGGUAUUCAUAGCUGGAACUGACGAAGAACAAUCCAACCCCAGUAUUUAUGUUGAACAGCGCGUUUUUCAGAACGCACAAGAGAAAUUCGUGGUCCAUGAGCUCAUGUUCAAGGGCAAGGUUCAGAUUGAUCAGGAAUACCUCUUCAAUGGAUGCGGCGAUGAAGACCUUGAGCUCGGAAAGAGUGAUCUCAGACUCAGAAUUAUGACAAAACUUUUCGACCAAUACAUCCGCCGGGCAAUUUACUACGGCUGUGAUAUUAAAGGUUGUAUCUGGCUCAACGAACAUACCAUCUGUAGUGAACUUGCCCAUAAAGUACAGCGUUAUGACGGGUUGCCACCUUAUCAGAUCUCUUUCAGUGCCGGGGAUCUAGAAACUCUUCUAGAUGCAAAGCCCAGGGGAUCGACUUUGACAACUGACGCGUCUGGAGUAGGUUUGGAGCUUAUUAGGAUGUGCUUCAAGGAGCAGGGGAUUCAUACAGAGGACAAUGGUCAUGUGGGGGAUCUUGAUCUUCGUGUUUUGUACAAGUCUUCUUCGUAG